UCCUAUUAUUGCAGAAAUAGACACACCAGAUAGAGUUUGGGAGAUCCAACAUACACGCAAGGAUGAUAGAGGAGAACUGGUGUGGUUGGAUUCACUAUCCCAAUAAAAUCAUAGUCAACUCGAGGAAGUUGUAGCUCAGCAACAAUCUGAAGAGAUCGAGCAUCCCAUGACUAGAGAUGAGAUUUUAUACUCCGUUCUUGGUGAGAGAACAUGCUAUGUUCGUGGAAAAGGAUACGGAAAGAAGCCUCCUAAAAAGUGUAACAUUCAGCAUGCAAACAUAGAGGCCAGCGUGUAUUCUGCUAUGGAUAUUGUGCGUCAAGAGAUGCAAUCUGAGAUGGAUAGGAAGUUGCAAGGAGAACGUGAACAAAUAGCUGCUGAGUUGCGAAGAUAUAUAGAACUUGAGUUGCAAAGGAAGCUGGAAAUUGAGUUGGAAAGGAAGUUGGCAGACGAGCGUGAACACAUAAAUGUAGAAGUAGACAAGAGGAUCCAUCUAGAAGUGGACAAGAGGAUGCAUGAACAAUUUGCUAGUUUCAUGACCAGAAUGCAACAGAAGGGACAAGGCACUUAAACAAUGGUAUCGUUCAAGGAUGGUGUCGACCAAGGAGAAGUUACAAGGUAUUUAAUAUUUUGUCUUUUUUUGGGAUAUGUAUAUGCGUACAAUUACAAUGCACAAUAAAGUG